UUUUACAAAUAUAUUUUGACGUUGCAUUUCGAGGUAAAUGCCUGAUGAAUCCGAAAAUGGGUACUCCAGUCGACAGGCUAAAGAACUAGCAGAUAUCAUCGAAGAAAUUGAAUUUAAUCGCCGAAAAAUCAACGAACUCAUCGAAAGAAAUGAGGAAUUGGAGCAGCGGAAGGCUGAGAUAGAAUUUAAUCUGGAGAUACGACAUGCAGAGAAGGCUGAAAAAAUUGCUAGCACAAAGUUUGACGGGACGUUUUCAUGGUCUGAUGAGGUGGAUUCGAUAUUGAGAAAGAUUUUUCACCUCGACUCAUUUCGUCCUCUCCAACGAGAAGCUAUCAAUGCCAUCAUGUCUGGAUUCGAUACGCUCGUAGUGAUGAGCACUGGCGCUGGCAAAAGCCUUUGCUAUCAGCUUCCUGCUUUAGCUAUGAAAGGUUUAAUUGUUGUGGUCUCACCACUGAUCUCCCUGAUAGAGGAUCAACUUGCUGCUUUGCGAAAGUUACAAGUAGAAGGAGCAGCUCUGAAUCAGUCGACACCCAAGGAAGAUGUCAAGCGAAUAGAAGCCCAGAUCGUCCAGGCAAACUCUCCCCUUCGCCUGCUUUACAUUACCCCUGAGAAGCUAGCGAAAAGCAAAAGGCUUAUGAACAAGCUGGAGAAAUCCGCUGAGAUUGGAACUUUGAAACGACAGUUCCCAAACAUUCCCUUGUUGGGUCUGACUGCUACAGCCACUGCUGACGUGCUUUCCGAUGUGAAAAACAUGCUGGACAUACCUGACGCGGUUGUCUUCAAAGCUGGCUUCAAUCGUACCAAUCUCUUUUACGAGGUGCUGCCGAAGGUAGACGCUGAUCUUGGAGAUGAGCUCGCUAGGCUCAUCAAAAAGAGAUUCCCCGAUCAGUCCGGGAUUGUUUACUGUUUUUCGAGAAAGGAUUGUGAGGAAGUCGCGUUGAAACUGCGAAACAGUGGUGUUCGUGCGGCCUUCUAUCAUGCUGAUAUGGAUUCAGCACGACGGACUGCUGUACAUGAAAAGUGGGUUAGCGGGAAGUACAAUGUGAUUGUUGCGACUGUAGCCUUCGGAAUGGGGAUUGACAAGCCGGAUGUAAGAUACGUCAUCCAUCAUGCGCUACCGAAAUCUGUUGAAAAUUACUUCCAGGAAAGUGGGCGUGCUGGCAGAGAUGGCAGACCGGCCAUUUGCAUUCUCUUCUUCCGACUUGCUGACGUAUUUCGGCAGAGUACAAUGGUCUGCACCGAGCGCACAGGAUUGAGGAACCUUUACUCGAUCGUUCGCUAUGCAACCACUCCUGGUGAAUGUCGACGGAAGCACCUUGCGGAUCAUUUUGAAGAAAAGUGGAAAAAUGAGCUGUGUCCAAAAGCAUGUGAUGUUUGCGCAAAUGCCUCAGAAGCUGCAGAUGUGGAUAUUACGACAGUCAUCAGAGCAAUGCUCAAGAUUAUACGAGAGCAAAAAUCCAAUGACAAAGGUUCAAAUCGUAUAACUGGCGCAAAACUUGUGGAGCUUGCUUGCAAGCAACGUCUUGGGUCGAAGGAGUUGAUCGAAGGAGCUUUGUGUCAUGGUCUCCUCGAAGGAUACUUGAAACAGGACUUCCAUUUUACACCCUAUGCGAUUCAUAGUUAUAUCGUGAGUGGACCAAGAGGUGAACGUGCUCAACAGGUACAGAUUAUGAUGAAAUGCACAUCAUCUAGUUCUGGAGCGCUGCCUAAACCUGCAAAAAAGCGAAAACUCGAUGACAAAGAGGAGUGCAUCACCUUGGAGUAGUCUCAUCUUUGGAUCAAAGUCAUUACCUAUGGGAAACGGGUAAUAGUACGUUUAUUUAUCUUUCUUCCGUUUCUGUUGCUUUGCUGUUUUUGUUGAAGGUUUUAAAUAUUCUUAUCUUGCUCUAUAUCCGAUCAUAGCUGCUGAUCUCACUUAUACUUCUUAUUGCUGAUUUUGUUGUUUUUGGUUAUUAUAAUGCUGCAAUCAGUCACUCAUCUUCUUAUUUUUGUCGCUGUCAGUUUUAGAGCGCACAAAGUUAUUUGAAUUAUCAGUUUUCCUCGUAUGUACGUAGCGGGUUGGCGAGAAUUGAAUAGGUUGAUUAAUUUGCAGAGUGUUCGCGGAUUUGAUUACUUCCCAAGUUCAUGCAAAAUUAUUUGCAUCAUUCACUGGAGCAUUGUAACGAAUCAUAUCUCAGUGUACUUCUCAUUUUUUUCUUGGCAU